UAUAUUUUCAUUUGUAGGUUGAUGGUAGAUGCAGAGAAAGAUGAAGCUGAAGUGGUUUGGCGGCAACUCUGAGGUCAGUCAGCAAGUGAGCUAUGCUGAGAUGUCCAGUGGAUCAGGGUUUACGAUGCUGUCCCUCUCUCAGGGGGUUCAGGUUGGUGUGUAUGGGGAAAAAAGGGAGCUAAGCUUUGAGCGAGUUAGUGGCUGCAGCACUUGUGAGGAGGUUUGUCUAGCAUUGGCUGAAACCCAAGGGAUAGCACCAGCAGUGGUUGACUGUUUUGGUCUGGCUUUUGAUAACAGUCAGGAUGGUAGAUACACUUGGCUUGCACCUGGUGAGUUGCCUGAUCUGGGAGAAAAAAAGUUGUGUUUUAGAAUGAGAUUUGUACCUGUAAAAGAGAAAUGUCGAGAUAUGUUGAGUCAGUACAAUGCUUGUUUGCAGUAUCUGUUUUAUCAAGUAAAAUACGACUAUGUGCACGGUGACCUCAAGUACCUAAAGGGUCAGGAAAAAGACAAGGACUCGCGCGGUGUUGGGGCCUUUGUCAUCUUGAUAAUGAUGCGGAUUUCUGCACAAAAUACAGGGACAGAAGAAAAUGUGGAAAACUUCUUUAGAAGCAUCAGCUUGAAAGACUUUUUUCCGCCUGCUCUAACUAGAAAUUUUAUUGACAAAAGAUUUCUAGAAGGUAGCAUUCGAAAUAAAUUAAAAGACUAUCAGGAUAAAAACCCAAGUGACAGUUACCCUGCAGACAUCUUGAUGCGAUCAUUCUUAGAACACAUACUGCAGAGCGACAAGGACUUUUAUGAAGAAUCCUAUUCCGCAUAUCAACUGGAUUUAGAAAACAUUCAAGUGCAGGAAAGUGACACUUCUGGGCACACACAAUAUACGAAUGAACUGAGGAUGAAAAGUUCUUCAGCAGUAUCGCUGUCGAUAAAUUUGAAUGGGGACUCCUCAAAGCUGAAAAUCAUUUCUGGGAAACCUUCCUGUGAGAUUUUUCUGCAGAAAAUUUAUGAGGUUAAAUUGCAGCAGUUAACAUUUGAAGGAAUGGACUGGUUUGAAGUGCAAAUUAUAGCACAGGCCCAAUACGAGAAAGUGUACUUCAAAGACCAAUUGGAGAGCCACUCAUUUGUAACAUGCCUUGAGAAAUAUUGCUUGCUCAUGUUCAACUACUACACAAGCCUGUGCCCCGACCUGCAGUCACCACGCAUACACAAACAAUAUCAGGUCCGUGCACAUGGACCUGUUAGUGAGGCCACAAUAAGGAAGAAGUUGAGUCAGCGAGGUCUCCAGUGUCGCGAUUGGUACGUUUUGCGCUCAAAUCUUCAGAAGUUCGGACAGUAUGAUGUUCUCUAUCUCAGGACACCCAAGGACAAAUCUCUCAUAGUCAGAAGCUUUGGAAAGGUAAUGGAGCGGGAAGAUGGUUUAGUUCUAGAAGGAUCCCAGGCUGAUCCUGUGUCUCCCAAACUGUUCUUUAGGCAACAGGCAAAGGCUCUGGGAUUCCUGCCCAGCAAUGUAAUACCGGUCCAGCCACAGUCAGAAGGAUGUGACAUUGUACAGAACCUCUUGACGAAGCAUGCAAUUACCUUGCAAAAUGCCAUUGACCUUGAGACUGAAGAGGAGGAAAAAAGACGUAUUGCCAGUCAGCCCAAGGUCUACAUGGCUGGUCAGGUCAACAUUGCUGCUAAGAUAGGGGAGGGCCACUUCACUGAGGUUUACAAGGGUCGGCUAUGUGAGCAACAGCAUGUUGUGAUAAAGCAGCUGAGGUUGGACCCAGCCCUGCAGCGUCACCACCAACAACUGCAUGAGUCCCUGAUGUCUGGCUUUGAGGUACUGCUGAAGUUAAACGGGUCAAAUUUAUUUGUCAAUUUCCUGGGACUAACCCUUGGGCCUAGCACAGGCUUGCUGAUGAGUGGAACUGGCCUGUGUAGCAUGAAGGCAUUCCUGCGCAUGGACAGGACUGGGCUUCCCCAACUGACAUUUGUGCACCUGAUUGAUGUCUCUAUAUGCCUGGCAGAGGCCUUGCAAUACAUGGAACAGAAAAAUUGUUUCCAUGGAAACCUAACAUGUGAAAACCUUGUAGUGGAGAAGUUUGACAAUCGUGUGUUAGAGAUCAAGGUCACAGACCCAGGCCUCGUCUGCUUCUACCAGCAGCUUCCCUUAGAUCAUGAAGUCAACAUUAAAAGACUUCCGUGGUUGGACCCCAAUAUGUAUAAGCCUGGUGGCCUUAAAGAAGUGACGGCAAAGACCGAGGUGUGGGCUCUGGGCUCCACCCUCUGGCAGAUGUUUGAGGGCGGGGCCAGUCCGUGGGAGGCCAUUAACUCGAAGGGAGGGCGAAGGUCAAUUGAAGCGGUGCAGCAAUUUUUUCUGGUAAAUAAAAAAGUACCUCGCUGUCCGAAGUUGCUGAAACUGCAGGCAGAUGACUCUGAACCAGUUCAAAAGUACAAACAAGAGUUUUACAUGAAGUUGCAAUACUGCUGGACAUUAGAUAGUGAGGAGAGGCCAUGCCCAGAGGCACUGCUCAGGACAUUCAUAUCCUGCUUUCAGGAACAUUCGAGAGAGUACCAUGAGUAUAGCCAACCAAUAUACUCUGCCGGCAGCAGUGGGCUAUCCAGUAUGGACAGUGCGACUACUGAGUUCCUCAAUAGUGGAUAUACGGGCACCUCAAAACCAAUACCCAAUCUUUCUUGUCUCAACUCUUCAGAUCAAGGUGUGCUACCUUUGGAAGUAGAUCUGUCAAAACAUGCAACUGAUCACCCCACUCCACCAAUCCCUCGAGCCCAGGGGGUCGCCGUCAAAACCCCAUACCCACCUCAUGGGGAACCUUCGGCGGAGGUACACAGAGCUGGCGUAAACCUGCCUUCAUUUGUCAUUCUAAAAAGAAGGCUUACCAUUGACAAAAGCAAACAGCUGGGAAGUGGUUAUUAUGGUGCAGUUUACAAGGCCACUCUAGAUAGGGAUGAUAAUACACCAUUAUCUGUUGUAGUAAAAGUUUUGAAAGAAGACAAAAUUGAGGAGCGAUUCAAGUUGGAUUUCAAAAAGGAAGCUGAAGUUAUGGAGAAACUUGAGCAUGAAAACAUUGUCAAGUUCUAUGGCACCUGCGAUAGCAUUCAUGGGUUCUGCCUUGUGAUGGACUGCCUGGAUCAGUCGCUAUACAAGUUUCUGAAAUCUCGCGAAAGGUCACAAAACUUAAAAAAAGAGGAAAUUUACAAGCUUGCCCUUGAUGUUGCCAAGGGUAUGGAAUACCUAGAACAGAAGAAAAUAUUACACUGUGACCUUGCAGCCCGGAAUAUUCUCCUAACCACUAACCAACAGGCCAAGGUCUGUGACUUUGGCCUGUCCAAGAUACUAAUGGAAGAUAAGGAUUACUACAGGAGGCAAAACAUGGAGAGGACAAUACCUAUAUACUGGUCUGCUCCCGAGUGGACCCAUUCCAAACGUGUUUCCUCAAAGUCUGAUGUCUGGAGUUAUGGAGUUGUACUCUGGGAAAUGUUCAGUUAUGGCAAUGAUCCAAAGAUGAACAGUAUCAACCCCAAUGACUUUGUCGCCAAGCUGAUAAAAGGGGAUCGACUCCAGCGUCCGAGAAAUUGCCCAGACCAUUUCUACCAGUUCAUGCUUCAGUGUUGGGACAAAGACCCAGAGAGGAGACCAACUUUUACCAUGUGCAGAGAUAGGCUUGAUGAACAGCUUUCUUCAAAUGUCCAGGUGGACGACAAAAAUUGCCUUGGAAAGGGUGAUUUUGGAGCUGUUUACAAGCACCAGUGGUGUGGUCAAGAAGUUGCAGUGAAGAUUUGCACAUCUCCUCCUGAUUAUGCGAGGUUUAAAAGAGAAUUCACUCUUCUCGAGAAGUUAAAGAAUAGAAGCCCAGACAAGAAUGGGCAUCCGAACAUUGUCAUGUUUAUUGGACUCAAGGAGCUAGAUGACCCACAUGUUAAGUUUGCCUACAUGAUGGAGCUUAUGAAAAAUGGCUGCCUUUCUGAUUACCUGAAAGAGCCAAAAAUGUUGUAUGAUAGCAAAAUGAAGUGCCUUAUAGACAUUGCUCAGGGAAUGGAAUUUCUUUAUGACAACAUCAUUAUUCACUGUGACUUGACGGCAAGGAAUGUGUUAUUGACAUCUGACCUCACAGCAAAGGUGGCGGACUUUGGUUGGGCGAAGGAACUGGAGAAUGAUUGUGAAAACAGUACAUACAGGAGGACUGAUUCUCAGUUUAAACUACAUGUAUUAUGGGCUCCUCCAGAGGUUCGUAGCGGGACAUACUGUCGGCAGUCAGACAUCUGGAGUUUCGGCGUUGUGUGCUUAGAGGUCUUCUUGGAUGGAGGAACCCCAAGGUUAACCAAACCUUCCCAACCCUCCCCAGGCUCCGAUCCACAGGAGGAGCAUUGGGCACGCCUCGCUCAGAACGAGAGAUUCCCGAAACCUUUGACCUGCCCCGAUGAGGUUUACAAGAUCAUGAAGCUGUGCUGGCAGAGUGAUCCACAAAAGAGAAUAUCAUUCAGAGAAAUUGUUAAGAAAUUGACUAGGAUCAGGGCUUCUCAAUAGGUCACCACCAGAGAAACUGAUGUGACCCUAUUUUGGAGAUAUCCCUGAAAGGAAUAGGGUUUUGCCUGGGACCAAUAACAAACUCCAGGUUUAGCUUAUCUCAGCUCAAACAUGCAAAAUGCUCUUUCAAUGGAGAUAUACCUGUGAUAUUAAUAGUUGUUAUCAUUCAGUUCUAUGUGUGUGAUUUCAUUGUAUAACAUCAUACUAAGAAAACAUGUGGAAAUUGGUCUAGUAUCUUGCCAUACUCAAUUUUAUCUGAACAAACUUUCAAGCAGGCUAUGAUAGAUAUUUGUUAAUAUUUUUGGAGGUUUUCUUUAAUUGAAUAUAACAUAUUGUUAUGAAUUCGUAUUUUCAUAUUUCUUGAUUAAAGCUGUGUUUUUGUUGUAAAUGUGAAUACCUGAACAAGACUCAUGUUUCCAGACAACACCACAUAUUUUCAUUGUGAUGAAAGACUGUUAAGUGCUACAAUACUAAUCAUUGGAAAGCCCUGUGAUAUUGUCUAAGAUAUGUGAUGCUAUUUAAUGGUUUGUUAAAGGGACAUAUUUCUUUACAGAUACUUAGAAAUGCCAAGUUGACAGUUAACCCUUUGCAUGCUGGGUAAAUUGUCGUCUGCUCUAAAAUGUCGUCUGGUUUAUUCUAAAUUUCUCUCAAUUUACUUAAAACUUUGGGGAUAUAUUGACUGAGUGGCAAACAGCUUGGAACCUGACCAGGCGCCGAGUUACUCGGCGUCUGGUCUGGUUCCAAGCUGUUUGCAAAGCCUUUAAAAUCGCCAUCAGCAGCCUAAGGGUUAAUAAGCCAGUAGCUAACGUUUGUUAUCUAGGCAAUAUUGCUAUUCCUUAUGUUGUUAGACAGAGUUCUAUUUUUUGUAUUACAUGUAUAUCAGUUAUUUGUUUGUUUUGUGAUUGAAUACAGGACAUUGUUUACAUGUAUUUUGCACAGCAGUUCGAUGGGAAUGAACUCCUGCUUUGGUGUUAAAUGACCUGUAAUUUUUUAAUAACAUUUGACCUAAAUAAAAAAAUCAUAGUAGAUUUAUCAAAAUGGUCGUUUCUACCCACGCUCUAGCAUAACAUAACUUUGAAUUACUGCAGUUUAAGGUAUUUCGAGAUCACUUAUAUUGUUAAACUGCAGUCAUUAUUAGAUAUUUUCUGCUAGAUUGUUGGUAGGAAUGAACACUUUGAAAGAUAUGGAAAAAUUUUUUUUUAGGUUAAAUGUCACUAAAAAUAUGACACCAAAGCAGGAAUUUCAUUCCCUUUAAACUACUGUGGUAUUUUGUUAUUGUUUGUGUUUACGUAUGAAGUGCAUUUAAUGCAAUGACUCCGAAAGAUUUUGCCCUGAUGAGGAAAUUCAACAUCUCAGCCUCAGAAAACCUAUUUGAUUUUGUCAAAAUUUGGCGAUACAAAACAUGAAAAUAUAUAAAUGAGCCCAGUGAUAAUUUUUUAACCUGAUAAUGAUACCGAAAGAUUACAGAACAAUGUUUUCCUAAAAAACAGAUGUAUUAAUUGUGGGAUUGGUUAGCAUGUUAUACGCAAUAUCUCAACUCUCAUGGGUUUUUAGUCACUUUCUUAGCUAAUUACUGAAAUUCUACUAAAGUGCCAUGUCAGUAUUAUAUCUUCUUUAUAAAGACUUGCACUUCGAUUAGCUUUGUGAGAAAAAUAGCUGUUCAUUGAGUACAUGAACAUAUAGUCAAUAUAUUGGCAUUACUAGCUCUAACAAUUACUAAUAUACGUGCAUGUAGGGAUUGGCGUUUUAUACAUGCACGUACAUGUAAGCAUAGGCGCUAUAUACAUGUCAAGUUGUAUAUGUAGGCAUUGGUGUUAUACGCAAAUACUAGCAGUUUGUUUCAGACUUGAAGUUAUUAUUAGUUUAAACUUUCGUUGCAUUUGCUUGUUGUAUAAUGUUUUGUUAUAGUGUGAUAAAAUCAACAAUUGUUAUUGAAUAAAAGAUGGUGUGUGAUUAUAAA